CAUGAAUGGGUAGCGAAGAACUAUUUCACCUGACGACAUUUUGUUGUAUCUACAGAUACCUGCUAGUCCAUCAUGACGUCACAAGACAACGGCCCCACAUCCAUAGCGUUGUCCCUCCAGGAUAUCAAGAUUGACACGGCCUAUGACCCCAACAGUCUUGCCUUUGGAGUAGACCUGGUAGGAGCCGCCAAGAAGCUUCUUGAGUUCCUACAUCUCGUGGACAGAUGCCCUAUCCUGUACGACGAAGCCAUCGUGUUGGAGGCUAUCAGGAGAUACGAACUGUUCUGGCUCCCCCUAGCGGCCCAACACGGAGGUGAACUUCUCGCGGCUCCCUUGGACAUAGCCUGGAUUUGGCACGUGCAUCUGUUGGCGCCGUAUUACUACGAACAGGACUGUAGGAAUCUGGUGAACACCACGGUGGAUCACAAAAUACUGGUCGGACACGAGCGGGAGGUGGGCCAGCUGAGAGCGAAGGCAUUGUGGGAAAAGGAGUACCCAAACGAGCCCUUCGUCAUCGGCUAUCACGUGCGUCACAGCGACUUCAAAAGUCAGAUUUCCUACAACCUGCAGUUAGCUGUGGCCCGCCAGAGGGUGUUCUUCUACCAGGUGUCGCUUCCUCACUACGGUGACAACAAGUUCCUGGAGGCGGCCAAAGAGCGAUACAAGAAAUACCUGUUCCUGAAACAGAGUAACCCCAAACUGUUCCUGGUGCCGUGUUAUGACUUUGACCUCAUCUGGCAUGCUCACCAGAACUACCCGGCCAUCUACAAGAGCGACACGGACAACAUUCUCGGCAGGAUGCUGAAUCACGACGACUCCGUGAACGAUCGCUCCCCGGGCUCCAAACUACUGCUGUCUGACACGCAGACGAGACAGCUUUGGAAGAAAACAUUCAACGAAGAUUUCGCCCUGAACGGCGCCAUGUUCCGAGGAGAGCCCCCUAGCGCUUUCCUAGUCCCUGCAAAGACAAUGAACGCGUACGCUACCAGGCAGUGCACGAUAGUACUGCAGGAAGUCUACAUUUUGAAUCUGCCCUCAGACGACAACUUCACGGUCAAGGUGGACAUAGCGGGAGGCGGGAGGAUUUGCAAACUCGGAGGAUCUCACAAGUCUUGGAAGGGGAGAUCGUCUGACGGACUGGCCAAGUUUCGUUUCGACACAGCUGUCCACGCCACGCUCAAGUUUGAUGUGGAGGCCAAGAAGCUGUUUGUGAAGGGAUUCCACGGGACGGCAGCGGUGCCCAUCGCUACUGACCUUGUCAACGUGGCGGAGGAAGGUCACCACAUUUCCCACAGCGCGGAGCUCAUGGGCGAGGACGGGAACCCAUCAGGGGCUACGUUAAACUUCACAAUCAAGGUGACGUCAAUACGCAAGGGCCACUACCUUUUCAACAUGCGGCCUGGACAAUAUGAGUCAUCAAAUGUUCCCGACAUCCUUCACGGCCACAUCCCACUGGCCCGUCCGAGCGAGGUUUCUAACAAGUGUGAGACAGCCGUGCAUAAGGUAUACCCCCGGAUCUCAGACAGAUGCGUCGCCUUCACCGUGCGCGUCAUCCACUCACAGGAACUGAUGAUGUCAGCAAUUCAAGUGUACGCACGUGAGAGUGACAUGGCAGCUACUGCGCAUCUUAUAGGCCCCGACACACUACCUACCAGACAACAGGUCACAGACGAAGGUGCAUACUGCACGCUGGACCACUCGGCAGGGGAACGUGCCAUUCUCAUCAAGGGGAAGACAGACUGGGGCAUCUGUGUGGGGAAGUGGGAGGGUUUCCGGCCCGGAGUUCCCGGCAAACCCGGCAUCCCUUCCAUCGACGGCCGGCCGCCCAUCAAGGGCGUGAAGGGCAUCCCCAUGACCCCUGGGCAUUUGAAGGUUGGUUUCUACAGUCUACAUGGAAAGCUGGGCUGGCAGCUGGCAGUACGGAGAGAUAAGGGCAUGACGUUCCAGAUGGACUGCGUCAGCGUCAACAUAACCAACGGGAAGAUCAUCAUCCCCGCACACGUGGAACACGUUCCGGAGGCGAUAGCCCUCGCCUUUGCCAUCUCGGUGUUGUGGGUGCUCUGCAAUCCCAAGUCUAUCCGCCAGACGCCGCAGGUGCAACACCACCACCAUUCUUGUAACCAGUCACACUCUCAACAAUCACAGAAGCACCAGAGUAACGCGCACAGAUCAGGCGAUCAGGACCAACGCUCUACAAACAAGUGGGGCAAUAUGGAAUUUGAAACCAUGCUGAUGAUCCUAGCGGCAGGGUACGGACGACCCAUCCCGAUCUACCAGUACCCCGGGGCGGGCGCGCAGUGCGGGGCCUGUGGAGGGUGUGGCGGCUGCGGAGGGUGUGGCGGCUGCGGUGGGUGUGGCGGCUGUGGUGGGUGUGGCGGCUGAAGUCCUCUUGUUUCCACAUCGGAGGUACUUCCUAACCUGCUGGGUCACCAACCCUACAUAGUUUAUGCCGGCGCUCAUAUUCUCCCUCUACACUGGAGUAUAGGAGUGUCGGCGUAAAUUAAACUAACUAGGAUGGCUGCUAGGCUAGCACCUUGGCACACCGAUGCUCGAACUAAAACAGUGUUGCACAGUCUUGGGCUUAUAGUUACAUGUAAAUUGUCUACGUAAUUUGAUGAAGGAAAAUGGGAUAUGUAAAACUAUUUCGUAGUUAACUACUGAACCUUUGAGUAAUUGUGAAGAAUAUAAACUACCUGCUGCUUCCGUGAAGCAUAAGCCAGACUCAGACGGUGAUUGUGACAUGACCAAUGUCAUAGAGUAAUUCAAUGAAUGUUACUACAUUUCUAAGUGUUUCUCAUUGAGAAAGUGGGCACAAAGAAAAGUAUGGCGGGGUGC